CAUAACUCCUCUGUGUCUUUCUGGCGCUCGCUAAGAGAGCGAGAAGGCAAACAAGAGAGGAAAAAUAAUAAAAUAAAAUAAAAUAAAUAAAAAAAUCGAGCUCCUGAACUGUUCCACCAUUCCUUUUUCUAAAUUUCGUCUGGUUGACGGACGAUCUAAUUUUAACAUUGAAUUUUUUCGAUGCUGCAAAGGAAAAGCGAAGCUCCGAUUCAGCUUCCGAUGCACCUCUUUUCCGUUAAACGACGGUGUUUCUUUGGUUGUUGACUUUUCGUCGUCUCAUUUUUAUUUUGUCUUCCGAUUUGGGGUUGGGGUUUUCAAUCGAAUGGAAAUUUUCCUUUAAACAAUUCCUCAAAGCUUCUCGACGGAGUUUCGCUUUCGAAGGGUUAGGGCAUCUAGAGAAAUGGAAGCGUCUGGUACCAAUCCUGACGCGUAUAGAAGUUCUUCUGGAACGAGUAGUAAUUCACGAAGAUAUGGAAUGUUUUCGGCUUCAAAUAUAAUUCAGGCGCCAAUAUCCACCUUAUUGGAGUACUCCGGUCUUUUGAGAACGAGGGCGAAUCAUCAGGAAUCAGAGUCAUUGAUUAAUGCGGGUUUUUCAUCUUCUCACAUUAGUAAUCAUAAUCGGGUUGAUGAUUCUGCUGUAAACAGUGCUAAUAAUGGAGAGGUUUCUAUUCGGAUAAUUGGCGCUGGGGAGCAUGAACAUGAGAGGGGAGGGUCUGCCGGAUUGGUGGUUGGGCAGGUGAGGGAAGUGAGUAGUCAGGGUGAAAUGCCAUCUGUGUCUUUGGCAGCUGAUAAUCAGGGAGAAGGUAUAAGUGAUCGAGGGGAGCUGGCUGGAGAAGGUGCUUCACAGUCUUCUAAUGGAAAUGUUGAUGCAGAAACUGGGGAAGGGGCCGGGGUUAAUGGUAGGGACUCAUCUUAUCAGAGAUAUGAUAUUCAGCAGGCUGCUAGGUGGAUUGAACAAGUUCUUCCUUUCUCUUUGCUUCUUCUGGUCGUCUUCAUUCGCCAGCAUUUGCAAGGUUUCUUUGUUACUAUUUGGAUUGCUGCUGUGAUGUUCAAGUCAAAUGACAUUCUACGGAAACAAACAGCUUUGAAGGGAGAGAGAAAGGUUUCUGUACUGAUUGGCAUCUCGAUUGCAUUCAUACUUCAUGUGCUUGGUGUUUACUGGUGGUAUAGGAAUGAUGAUCUUCUCUACCCAUUGGUCAUGCUUCCUCCCAAAUCCAUUCCACCUUUCUGGCAUGCUAUUUUCAUCAUCAUAGUGAAUGAUACUUUGGUCCGGCAGGCAGCAAUGGUUUUCAAGUGCUUUCUGUUAAUGUAUUACAAGAACAGUAGAGGCCGAAAUUAUCGGAAGCAGGGUCAGUUGUUAACUUUGGUUGAAUACCUGAUACUGCUGUAUCGUGCCUUGUUGCCAACGCCUGUAUGGUAUUGUUUCUUCUUGAACAAAGAAUAUGGUAGCCUCUUCUCAUCAUUAAUGACAGGGCUGUACUUGACUUUUAAGCUUACAUCUGUAGUUGAGAAGGUGCAAUCCUUCUUUGCUGCACUGAAGGCAUUGUCACGUAAAGAGAUUCAUUAUGGGGCUUAUGCAACGUCAGAGCAGGUAAAUGCAGCUGGGGAUCUGUGUGCUAUCUGCCAGGAAAAGAUGCAUGCUCCUAUUCUACUUCGUUGUAAACAUAUAUUUUGCGAAGACUGUGUCUCUGAAUGGUUUGAACGGGAAAGGACUUGCCCGUUGUGCAGGGCGUUAGUGAAGCCUGCGGAUCUUAGAUCAUUUGGCGAUGGAUCAACUAGUUUGUUUUUCCAGAUAUUCUAAUGUGAUUAAUGUGAAAAUGAGGAAGUUUUUCUGCCAUGAAGCUCAGGAAUAUUCGUUUCAGGAAGCCUUCUUCUUCUCCUUUCUCCUGAUUUGUCACCUAAGCCAGUAAAUAUGACUGUACUAACUCUGGUUUGUUCAUGGGUGCCAACAAAAUUUUCUCCUAGUAUAUGUUGUGUUGAAGAUGGAAAUAUGUUGAAUGUAUCUAAUCUGGUCAUUAAGUUACAGGUUUUUUUUUUCCACUUUUUUUCAAGACUAACAAUAUAAAAGGUCAAAUGUUCAGUUGCCAUAAUUGGAGGCUUCCCCACUCAACAUUGAAAGGAAUAUAUUUAUCUCUGUUUGAAUUACAAAACUUUUAAGUGA